AUGUCGCGCUGGGCCUUAUGGACCUUCCUGGUGGCGCCCGUGGUGGCGAUGCCGCACUUCGACAUCAACUUGGACUUACCUCCAAGGCAAAGAUGGCUGGAGGUCACCAAGUACUACCGACAGGAGAUCCUCACGAUGAUGGACACAUGGGAGGCGAUGUUGCAAGCCACCCUCCAGCCAGCCGAAAAGGCAGACUGGCUUCGCUACGGCACAGACAACAGUGAAGAGUAUCAAGAAGAGUUGCUGGGCAUCUAUGAGGGGCUUGGAACGAACCUUUCCUUCAGCCUGGACACCUUGAACCUGUUCAACAUUCUUUACGAGAUGGGAUCUCCUACACUCACCCAAGCUUGCUCGGGGCUAUUGGCUGCGGAUGUGAAUGGCAAGGUCAUCCAUGGACGCAACAUGGAUUAUCAAUUCUUGUUCAAAAUGCCAGAUGAAACUAUCAAAGAUUGGCCAGACGUCACAUUUGAGGCGUACUUCUGGAAGGGCGGACGGAGGAUCUUCAUGGGGAUCCAAUGGCCGAUUUAUAUAGGCGUUCAUACGGCCAUGCGCUUCAAUGGUUGGAGUUUUGAGCAAAACACCCGCUUAGGUAUGAACGAUCCUCAGCUGAACCUCGAGUCAGCGAAAGGGGGAGGCAAGCCGUAUGGUUUUCUGGUGCGAAAGUUGAUGGAGACCACCCCGGACUUCGAGACGGCUUUGUCAAAGAUCAAUGCCACUAGCUUCUUGGCACCUCAGUAUUUUAUACUGGCCGGUGCCAAGCCCUUUGAAGGCGCCGUCAUCAGCAUGGAUCGCUUUUCCGCGCAGAAUUUGUCUGCCACACCACCCGUACGACGCUUUAGUGAUAGCGCAGGCCCGUGGUUUUUGCUUCAAACAAAUGAUGAUGCGAACAAGUUUCCAUUGGACCAUCGGCGCCCCAUGACCGCCACAAUCCUGGCAAUGCAUGGCCAGCAGGAUGUCUCCAUCAACUUCGUUUGGGACUGGCGCCGGAAUCGCCGUUGGAACCUGUGGCAACUCUGGAAGUAA